AUCAGGAAGUACUCACCUAAAUGCAAAUGCAUUAUCAAGAAUAAAUGGGGCAGAAGAGAAAAUUGCAGAAGUAUAUAUGGUAGAAGAAAAUAGAAAACAAACCCCAGAAGAAGCUACAGCUGAUAAAAAAGAAUUAAACAAAACGGAAUGGAUAAGUGAUAAAGACGAAGAUUAUCAAGAGCUGCUAGAACAGCUAGUGUUGGAAUCAGGUCAUAUACUAACCUGGAUGAGUGUCGAAUUGCCAAAGUGGGAAGAACCAGAUAAAGGAGUUGAUUAUAGUGAUGAUGAAGAAUGGGAUAAUGAGAAUAUUAAAACGUGGUGGCAACCAGAAGAAGAUUGUAUGGGUAACCAAGAGUGGAGAAAUAAUUGGUAUGAAGAUGCUGAGGAAUAUGAAGUGUUCAUGAUUAAAGUGGAGAAUGGUGACUCAGAAGAAGAAACCAUCAAGUCGGAACUGGAAGAUUACUCACCUGCCCUUAGAUUUUUCAAUAAUGAAGUUCCUGGCCUUGGACUUCUUACCAGCCCAUUCUUUAACUCUGAAGAAAGUACAGAGAGAAGAUUCGUAAUUGAAGAAUACCAGAGGAAAUUAGAAUACCGAGAAUCAGACUUAGAAGCAUUAGAGUCAGAUGAUGAAUCCACUCAAAGCAGAGAUGUGGUAAUACUAAGUGAAAUAGUGACAGAAAAUUGUAAAGAAAAUACUAACCCAGAAACUGACAAAGAAGGAGACGAUGAAUUCUGGUACAGCUAUGAUGAUGACAAAACU